CUCAGAGCCACAAGACCACCUCAGACCAGCAGAACCGGCUCAGACCAACCACACAAGCUCCGGUCAGCCGGACCAGCCAUACCAGCCCAGGCCGACAGGAUCAAGUCGGACCCAUCAGACCAGCUCAGACCAUCUGGACAGAACCGCAACCACUUUGAAGAAAUAUCCAGGAAAAGUUCAUGCUGGAUCCAAUCAACAGCCAACCUGAAUUCAGCACCGACUCUGACAAAAUCCAACGGCCGUAAACCUGCUGGACAGAACCCUGAAGACUGGUAACAAGGAUCUGGCUUGAAUCCAUCUGGACUUAAAUCUGAGCCCAAAUCCAGCCGUGACCCAGCCGACGUUAGCAGGCCCCCUCCCCCAGUAGGAUGGCGUCUCUCUGCUCCCUGUCGGAGAACUGCUCAGACCCCCAGCACCUGAUCCGGACAUCAAAACUAGUGGACCUGCCUGGCCCCGCCCCCACAGGCAGCCUCCGCUUGCAGCAGCCCCUGCUGCCCGUCGUGGACGUCCCUGAUCAUGCCCACUACAUCCUGGGCUCUGUGAUCCUGCUGGUGGGGGUGACGGGCAUGCUGGGAAACGCCCUGGUCAUCUACGUGUUCUGCCGCAGCCAGACUCUGCGGUCUCCCAGCAACCUGCUUGUGGUAAACCUGGCAGCAGCCGACCUCCUGAUGUCACUGACGCAGUCACCGGCGUUCUUUGUGGCCAGCCUGCACCGCCGCUGGGUGUUCGGGGAGCGGGCCUGCGAGCUCUACGCCUUCUGUGGCGCCCUGUUCGGCAUUACAUCCAUGAUGACAUUGACCACCAUCGCGGCAGACCGAUGCCUGGCCAUCACGCGGCCUCUGGUAGCCCCGGGCGGAGUCAGCCGGAGGCGGGUGUGCGCGGCAGCAGUGGCGGCGUGGCUGUACUCACUGGGCUGGAGCCUGCCACCAUUCUUUGGCUGGAGCGCCUACGUCCCUGAGGGCCUGCAGACGUCCUGCAGCUGGGACUACAUGAGCUUCACCACCGCCGUCCGCGCCUACACCAUCCUGCUCUUCACCUUUGUCUUCUUCAUCCCGCUGCUGAUCAUUGCCGGCUGCUACCUCGCCAUCUUUAGGGCAGUGCGGCAGGCGGGGAAGGAGGUGGAGCGGCUCAGCUGCGGGGAAACCAACAAGGCGUACGAGCGGCUGCGCACCGAGUGGCGAAUGGCCAAAGUCGCCCUGGGAGUCAUUCUGCUCUUCGUGGUGUCCUGGUCACCAUACUCCAUUGUUGCCUUGACGGCCACUGCUGGCUACGCCCACCUUCUGACACCAUACAUGAACUCAGUCCCCGCUGUCAUCGCCAAGGCCUCUGCCAUUCACAACCCCAUCAUCUAUGCCAUCACACACCCAAAGUACCGCGCCGCCAUCGGCCGCCACUUCCCACUACUGCGUGGCGUGUUACGCCUCCGGGAAAAGGACCUGCACUCCUCUUUCAGCUCCAGCGCUGCUUCGUCCCGCCGUACCACACUAACCAGCUCCCCGGGAGCCCGGUUCAGCACAGGCCUCCGGGCUGAGGGCCACUGGGGGAGGAGCCGGCUGUCCUCAGCUUCAGACACAGAGUCCUGCUGGACAGAGAGCGAAGCCGAUGGGUCCAGUGCCGGGUCCACAGCCUUCAACCGGCAGCUGUCCUCAGAGCUACCUGCUGAGCCGAGCUCCGCCCCCCAGCGCCAGCAGAGGGGGCUGACUGGAGCGAUGAUAGACAGUGACUCACCUGAAGGGGGUGUUGCAAUGGAGGCUAAGCCUCUGCUACCUCUCACGUAGCCCGGCCCUGAGCAAUGGUACCACGACACAUUAUUUUCAGCUCGUCAUUUCUUGAUCAACAAAUUUCCCAUCUGACAUAUGCACAUAUGUGUGCAUGUGUUUUCUGACUUUGUUAGUUUAUGACCCCUAUAUGUAGAAAUACAAGUGUGUGUGUGUGUCCUCACUCUGCAGAUCAAUUUCGCUGAUCUGACUAUGUGAUAAGUACAAGAGAGUGUGUGUGUGUGUGUGUGUGUGUGUGUGUGUGUGUGUGUGUGUGUGUGUGUGUGUGUGUGUGUGUGUGUGUGUGUGUGUGUGUGUGUGUGUGUGUGUGUGUGUGUGUGAUUGGGCAGGCCUGUAGGUGAAGAUGAUUAAGGGGUGGGGCUGGACUUGUUUGGUGAUGUUUUCUCUGUAUUGAUCAAUUCAUCGGGUAAUAAAUAAACUUAAAAUUAUUUUUCAGUAUUUGACAUUUUCACUAAAUUGUUUCAGAAAAAAAAUUAUUUUAAGAAAAAAAUAAAGAUUUAUUGAUGUGUAUUAAACUAUUACCAGAUUUACAUUGAUGUCUCGUUCUUUAA